CCCACAUGUUCAGGAAUGCGGUUCUAGGCUGGCUAUACAGCAAUGGACUGUUGCCAAGCAUUGUACCGCAUUCCUUCACGGGCUUCUUCCACCACGUGAAGCGUGGCUGGUUGUCCAUUCCAUGGCUUGUUCUUAGGGACUUGAUCCAAAGGGUGCAGCUUACGUAUAUGACCAUCCAUACCGGACAAUGUGAGAGGACAAGAGCAUAGAUCCUGCCAAGUCCCAAAGGAUCGGAGCUAACGAAGCAACCCGCUAUAUCGGACCCGAGAUGCAAUCUCACCUUAAGAUGACAGCACGGCUUAACAAGCAACUCCACCACUCAAUAGACAUAACUCUAACUACAAGGAAACACCACGAUGCCAUCUUCCAGAGGUUGUCAGACCUGCAGGAUCCGCCGCAUAAAAUGUGACCAAACCCACCCCAUCUGCCAGCGCUGCCAAACCGCCCACCGAACGUGCCACGGCCUCUCCACCUCCCCUAUCAUCCACCAUGAAAACCCUUACGCAAGUGGACAACGCAAGCGACCGCGUGGGCCGAGGAGCAGCGUGAGCAGCAGACCCCGAGCCGCCCGCACCAGUAGUACUGAUACAAGUACAAAUACUACCACCAUCGUGUACCCCCAGCCCCAACCCAGCUUACAUUCCCAGGCGAUAGCCCUCUACCUCCACCAACAUACCCCUUCGUCCCCUUCCCCUCCCUAUGCUAACAGAGGAAGUGAUGACUUCAUCUCAAGCCUAACAGAAACCUACCUCCCCACCCUGACCCUCUCUUCCUCCCCCUCCCUCUCCACCUACCAGUUCAUCAACUCAACCCUUCUGGAAAAAGCACUCACCCCCCUCGCACUCGCGUACUUCGCCCGGGCGCAGAACUGUCCAUCCGCACGAACGGAAGCAGCGCGUGCCUAUUCCGCGGUGCUGCGCGAGGCGCGAAGUAUCUUCGCUUCCAUGAGCCUUGCCACUGGGGCUCGGAUCGAUGGAAUUGGCAUUGAUGUCCUCCUGUUGAUGAUCUUCUUUAUGAGUCGGUACGAGGAUACCGUUCACCCGCGAUCUGUCUCCUUGAGAUUCCGUGGGGGAGCGGGCAAUCCACGAGGUUCUGGAAAUGGUUCGCCAAAAGGAUUGCGGUCUGGGAUGUUGGCAAGCUGCGCGCAUCAGGACGGGGCGGUGGCUGUUCUGAGGGUUUGGGUUGAUGCUUGCCGCUGUCGCGGAGGGCAUAUAGGAAGUGGGGGGAUACCCUCGGAGGUGGUGAAGCUGACGAGGCGGGCGGUGAUGAGGUCUGCCCUUAUGCGGGGGAUGAUGUUGCCGGAGUGGAUGCACUCCGGGGAGGUGUUUGGGGAGGCGACUGGCGGCGUGGAGGAGAGGUUGGAUGCGCUGGCGGUUAGGGUAGUGGAGUUACGGGGGAGGAGUGUUGCGCCGGGGUUUCGGGUUGCUGAUGGAGCUGGGGCGGGCUCGGCUCAGACAUCAUGCGAGGAACGUUGGAUCGGGGCUGCCGCUGCUGCGAAGAGGGUCUACUCGGAGGGAAACAGGGUGAGGAGUGCGUUGGAGGCGUGGAAGGGCGAGGUGGAUUGGAUUCAAAGGGAGAUGGUUGCGGCAAAGGAGAAAGUGUACUACUUCCCUACCCUGGCACAGGCGGUUCUAUGGUGUCAUUACUUGACGCUGGCCAUGUUGAGUGAGAGUGUUUGUCUGAGGGUCUUGAAGUUCGUGAAACACGAAAUCGCCGGGUCCGGGGCGGCCGGUUGGUGCGACCAUCUUGCUGCGAGGGAUUUGGCUGCUGCUCAUGAGGUAGACUUGAAGACUCUGGCCAGGCAGUUGAUGGCCUCUGUACCGUUUGUUCUGGGACAGGUACACAUUACGGAGAAUGCGGCAUGGGGGGUGCGCAAUGCGACGUGGGAUAAGACGCUGCCGCCCUCGCCGUAUAGAGCUAGCUUGCUGGUGUGGCCGUUGACGGUGGCUUCGGGGAUAGACAGGCUAGAGGAGCAGCAGCGAUGGUUCAAGGCGCAGCUGGGGUAUUUGGGGCGAGUGACAGGCGUUGGGGUCUUGGAGUGUGCUGAGGGAGAAGAGUGGCUGACUUUCUAG